AUGCUGUGCGGCAGCCGCGCCGGCCUGAGGAGCUGCGCCAGGCGGCUGUGGCGGGGCCGGCGACGGGCGGCGGCCAUGGCCGGCGGCGGCAUGGGACAGCGGAUGGUCUGGGUGGACCUGGAGAUGACAGGCCUGGACGUGGAGAAGGACCAGAUCCUGGAGAUGGCCUGCCUCAUCACCGACUCCGACCUCAACGUCCUGGCCGAGGGCCCCAAUCUUAUUAUUAAUCAGCCAGAUGAGCUGCUAGAGGGCAUGUCUGAGUGGUGCAAGGAGCAUCACGGGAAGUCUGGCCUCACCAAGGCUGUGAAGGAGAGCAAGAUCUCCCUGCAGCAGGCAGAGUAUGAGUUCCUGUCCUUCGUCCGGCAGCAGACACCCCCGGGGCUGUGUCCUCUGGCAGGGAACUCUGUGCACGCAGACAAGAAGUUCCUUGACAAGUACAUGCCCCAGUUCAUGAGGCACCUCCACUACCGCAUCAUUGACGUCAGCACCGUCAAGGAGCUCUGCAGACGCUGGUAUCCAGAGGAGUAUGAGUUUGCACCAAAGAAGGCAGCUUCUCACAGAGCACUGGAUGACAUCAGGGAAAGCAUCAAAGAGCUGCAGUUCUACAGAGACAGCAUCUUCAAGAGGAAAACCGAGGAGAAGAAAAGGAAGCUGAUCGAGAACGGAGAAAGCGAGAAGGCCCCCAGCUGAUGGCUCCUGGGCCCGGCUGCUCCGCAGUGCACUAGGAGUCUCCUGGCUCUUUUCUGUUCGCUGCCCUCUAGAAGCUGCCCCCUCACUGACCUUGUUUCUAACAGCUGUUAGGUGGAACCUCAGUCACUGCUCCUUUUCUGUUUGAGCAAGGAACCAACACGCCCGAGCCUUAGAGCGUCCUCGGUCCCCACCAGCCCAACCACGCUGCUGGACGCUCCUCCUCGCCCUGUUUUAGAUGCAGUCUUUCACUACUCAAUAA